AUGAUAUGUUCCAAAAAUGAUGAUCUCAACUUGAAGGUUUUUUCGAUCACGAAGAAAAAUUUUUUUAAAAACCAUAAUAUAAAUUGAGUGUAUUUUUUAUUGAAAAGCUUUUUUAUUCAUUAAAAUAUCCUAGGCUAACUUGAUUCCUUUCCUCAACAAAAAUAAUGAUAUGUUUCAGAAGGAUAUCAACUACCUGAUAAUGGCUUACCUUUCAUCCCAUAAUGAACAGGAGAGAAUGUGGGGAAUCAUCGGAAAGACUGUUCAAAUCGACCUGUUACUCCAAAGCAGGCAUGUCCAGUCAGGCUCUAGAAGAAAUGACAAAAGCAAAUAUAGGGAAUCGAACCGAGAAUCUUUGAUGCAAGCCUACUUGGACGACAUCGAGAGGUGUCUCCAGGGAGACGCUCCUCUGAGAAGCGCCUUUUACAGACUUUUCGCCCAAGUUCUUCAAAAUAACGGGCGCAGCAUGCCUAGCCCUUAUAUAGUUGAGACUUUUUUUCGAUUAAACAUAUCAGAAUGGCAUGGUUUACAGUUAAAAUGGGCUGAUGUUAAAGAAACGAUGUUUAAGAAGGAGUUUUUCGUGGAUAAAACCGCCGGAGUAGAAAGUACAUCGUUCGUUUGCUUCUCUAUUAAAUUAUCCAAAAAAAAUCUCAGAGCCUUGGAAUCGGAAAAAUUCGUUCGUAAAGAAUGUGGUUUUUGGCUUCAGCCCCCGCCAGAGCGUAUGAGAGAGCUCGUCGCGUUUUUCGAGCUUCUCAAGGUGUUGUUAAAAGGAAUAAAUCAAUUUUGAAGCCUUUCCAGGAGGUUUCAAUGAUGAAGCGUCGCUGGAACACGGAUGAAGACUCGUUCAACGCCAACGUCAAUCACUUUGCCGCCUUUUUCUACGCUUUCGGUAUUAAAUCCAUAUUUUUAAAGUUCAUGUGAAGAGACUGUUUCAAAUUUUUUUUGUUUAUUGUAUCUCCGUUGACAUUUCGGCCGCAUCUAGAAUAGCUCAAGGCAUUGCGGUCGCGCUGCGGCUCUAACUAAUGAGUCGAUGCUUUCAAGUGGGUCGGGCCCACCACUUUGGUACUUAGAGCCAUAUAGCCGCAUGUACACCGAUUAAACGCGUCAGGCUCGGUAAGGAUUUGUUGCACUUUAUGCCUGCGCUCCAAAGUCGUUUCGGGUCGGGUGCACUUUCAAAAUAACUUGCUCUCAGUCGUUGCGCAUCGAGCCCGGUCGGCAUGUUUUUUGUCGAGAAAAGGAUGAAUCGAGUAAAUACAAGAAAUAGUUGUUUAAUCCAUCCAGAAGCCAACAUUUCUAUGGAAGCAGUGACCUCGCUGAAAGAAAUAGACAAAAUCAAAGCGACUGUUGACUAUCUUUUCUUCGUCAAUGACUGGAUCCGGAUGGUUUUUCCUUUCUUUGGCCGAGAAAAGUCAAAAUCUUCCAGCUUCUCAAUACCUUUUCCUCGAGAUCCAGUGUUCCCGGCCAUCCCGACGAGGUUAUCCAGGAGAUUUGGACCAAGAAGUUCUUCCUGCUUUUCGAAUGCGAGAAGCAAAUUAAUACAAGAAUAAAGCGUAAUUUGACAUUUUUUAGGUGUAAUCCUUCGUUUUUCUGGUUUAGAGAUUGAAAAAUGGACCCUUCCAACUGAAUCCACGACGGAUUGUUUCGUUGUUCGACAACAAGCGCCCAAAAACUCUUCGAAGAAAAAAGUUGAGCGUCGAGGAAAGAAGAGACCCAGAGAAAGCGACGAACAUAACAGUGUGGGUUCUUUCAAAGAAAUAUUGAGCUUUGAAAUUUUAAAAUCUAUUAUGACAGAGAGGAAAAAAAAUACUCAACAGAAUGAAAUUUACAGAUGAAUGAGCCGAUAAAUUCCCCAGAACCAGAAGAAAUGUUCGUUGACAUCACGACAAGUCUGAGCGAUGCAAAGACGAGAAAGCCGUUGACUUUCAUCGAUUUGAAAGAUUUCAAUUUUCAUCUACGGCCUCUGAAACUUGCUGCAGUUGUGAGGUUGAUUUUGGUGAGUUGGAAAUGAAAGCGCGAAAAUAUGAUAGUCAUUUGAAGUCUGUUCUACUAAUUCUAUGUGAAAAUGUACAUUUCUUCUUAACCUAGUUGCUAAAAAUAUGAAAAAUGGGUGAUUUAAAAUUUGAAAAAAGCACAUGUCUUCUUUAGCCAUAGACUUCAAAAAAGCUAUUUUCCGGUAUUUUCUUCCUCAAAACCUAAAUAAAUACUUUCAAAAUCUUUCUUCCUCUCAGAUGGUCGACGAGAAACGAAAGUCGACACUUUUCCUGCUAGAUGAGCUUUUGAGAAUCCUCCGCGAUCAAAUCUCCAAGAAAGAAAAGAAACCGGGAAUCUGGCUGCAUAAAGUUAUUGUAUUGAACCUCCUUUCAGAAUGAUUGCAAUUUUUCUCAGAAUAACAAGCCGAAAGUGAGUUCCGACUACCAUGGCGAUCAUACAACCGUUUGGAAGCUGGUCAAAAAAGUUUACUGAAAGAUGAUUUGGAAGCAAGAAGUUUAUAUUCAGUGCAUUCCGGUCGUUUGGAAAAUCGCGAACAGUAUGACCAAGUUUUUCGAAGAGCAGCUCGAGACCUCCAUUGUCGAUCGGCACGAUCCAGCGAUUUUGGCGCAAACUUCUCAGCUACUCGCUCGCUGCCUUCAAAUCGUACACGCUAUUUUCUCAUCGUGAGGUUUUUUUGAUUGAGAAACAGUGGAAGAAAAUGCAUUAAAAUAGGGAACGAGAUUUUUAGAAAUAGUAUAUCUGUAAUUACUCCAGUUUCAAAAAAGCAUACUCUGUUGUCGACCAAAAAUGGCGAAGUAAGAAAAGGAUUAACGCGUCGCGGCUGCGAAGCGGUCAUUUCGGAACCUACUUUGAAAAGCACAUAUUUAGCAGGGAGCAAAAGUCUCUGAAGGUCCGGCGCAGCCGUCAAGUUUAAAUUUCUAUACUGUCGAAAUUUAGCCAUUCCAUGCAAGUCCAAUUUUUCCUUUAGUUCUUUUGGAAAAAAUCAACUUAUCCUGCAUUUGUAUGAUCUCUGUACUUAAAAUUCAAAUAACGCGAUUUUUCAAAUUUAGAAGUGAAACUGCGAGACCUCGGGAGAAUGAAGAGGGUUUCACAUCGAGGAGGAACAAAAGGUCGGAGAUGAUUGAGACUUUGGAGAAAAGCAUCAUGGACAUGCAAGAGCAGGAGGAGGUUCGGGUGAAAAGCACAAGAAACUAGAGAUUUUCCUGGAAAAUUAGAGAACCUCAGUGAUCCCUAAUCUGAGUUGUUCUUUUCAAUGAUUUCUGCAUAUUUCAACAGAGCUCUUCAGAAUGAGUCGCCGGACGAGGCUGAAGAGGAUCCCGAACACCGGAUUUCUCAGAUCUUCUUCAAGAUGGCUCAUGUCGCCCUGAGCAGCGAGGUCGCUAUCGCCGUUCUUGAUGCCUUCUCGUGUUUUGACGUCGCAAGUCCAGAUAUGUCUCUGAAAAUGGGUUCGUUUUUUUAUUGAUCUUUGUGUUUUGGAAACCUCUUGAUAUUUUUUAGGCGCGAAGAGCAUUUUCACUUUUAUUUGAGAAAUUUCACUACUUUAGCUCCUUUGAAAAACCCAACCAAGCUUUUCGAAGUUAUUUUAACUGGAAUUUAUGUUUUUCAGCAAAAAGUGCCCUGGGUUACCUGCGCCGAGAGUGGUCAGAUGAAGAAGGUAACGCUCUGAAAGGACCUUCCCUUUCCAAUGCAGCCAAAUCGAUUCUUGAGUAAGGACAAUACAAGUUCCGACUAGAAGACUUGGAACUUUUUGGAAAAACAUUUUAGGUUUUUUUUUCUCAGAGUUUUUGCACAAACCCUGAGAAGUCCGUUUAAAAGAAGAUCAGAUAAUCGUUACAAUGUUUCUUUUCAAAUUUAUACCAUUUUUAUCGGCUUGACGACUUCUUACUGCCCCUUCAAUCAAAAUUCUUUUUUCGAAAGAUCCGAGCUUACUUUCCUUGCUGUUUCUUCAGGGAUUCUUUGUCAUGAAAUCUCCGCAUUUCCAACAAAACUCUCCUUUUUCAGCCAUUAUAUUCGGCUUCGUAGGGAUGAAAAACAACUUACUGCGAUUCAUUCUCUUUUAUCGGACAAGAUUGCGUCUCUGGUAUAUUUUUGGUUGUUGAAGGAUUCUCACUUAUUUCUCAGGUGCCGAAAGGCGAGAAAGAAAAGAACAAUGCCUAUGGAGCCCUUCCUCAAGACGAUGAGCUCGACGAGGAUGACAUGCGCGGCAACUUUGCCUGUAUCAAUGUGUAAGAGCUCACGAUCGAUAAAAAUGAAAAGGAUAAUUGCAGAAAAACGUUCCCAGCCAUCUACAAAGUCCUGUUCCGGUGGGUCAACGUCUGCAUGUCGAGGAAAAAUAUGCGUUCGAAUGUUAUCAGAAAUGGCUCUCACACCGAGGAACAGGUCGGUUCAUAACAUAGGAAAAGAGGAGAAGCAAAAAUUUCCGAAGAAAAUGGCUUUGAAAGAAACGUUACAAAAACUUUUUUUGGGAAACUUUUCUAAGGAAGGCUAGCCAAAAUCAAAUUUUGAAAAUUUUUAUCUUACCUUAUCUAGAAAUGGGCUUUUCAACUUUUUUUUCAAAGGAAAAUUCAUGGUUCUCGAUCAUUUUUCAUGACAUUUAAAACCCUUUCAAAAAGAUUUUGGUGAUUGAGUAGUGAAUAUAAAGUACUGGAGCUCACAGUGCUAUAAUUAUAGUUCGGAUUUUUGAAAAAGUUACAGUGUACCAAGUCUCCUUCUUCAUUAAAUAUGACUUUUGUAGGUUUUGAAUAUGUGGGACUCGGCGGCGGCCUGUUUCUCGUUGCUCUGUCUUUUCCUCAGAGUUCCACAAUUGCGAGCUUUGCCUGCCCUCACGACGGCUGUACGUGAAGGGAAACGAUUUCUGACUCUCAUCGCCAAGAAUAAGUAGGUGUUUCCAAAAAUUUAUGAAAAAAGGUCUUGUCAAAAACGAACCUAAAAAUGCUCUAAAAAGGUCAUUUUACUCUGAAGUGAAGCUCCAGAAAGUCCCAACUCUAGUUGAUCUGAAAGUCAAAGGAAAUUCUCAAAAUCCACGGGCUGUUUUGGGGCUUUAAGCUCUUAUUUUUUAGAAAACUAAAGAGUUUUGCAGGUUGUCUCUAUAAGUGCCGCAUAUGAUAACUUGCCUUGUUAUUCGAUCGCGAACCUUUAAGUGAUUACUUAAAGUCUUUAAAAGCGCUCAUAGAGGAAUAGAGGGUUGAGAGGUUUCUGUAAGGUCACUGAAUGCUUUUCAGAAAGUCUCUCUUUUGCAGUUAAAAAAUAUUUUUUCUACUUGUCAGGAGCAUUUUUUAAAAGAACCUUUUUCGAAAAAAUUUUCAGCUAUAACUGGACUUCUUUAAAUUAACCAUUAUUCCCUGAUUUUCAUUAUAACUUCCUCCUGAAUGAGACACUUUAUUCAGUUCGUUCACCUAUCUCCUCGAAGAUUUGCCGCAGGGGGCACGGUUCAUCGCCAUUGAGCCUCGUAUCAGUAAAAUCAUCCGGGCAGUUCAAAUGGGAAAUGGAGUCUUGCAGAAUAUUGGCGUCUACGCAAAGGUUUCUUUUUUCAACUUGCAUGCGAAGAAGAUCCUUCAAAACGCACCCGACUUGAAACUACUUUCCCAUUUAGGCAUUUCCAAUCUUAUCGCAAACUUUUCCGAGCGAGCUUUUUUCUCUUAAAAUUACACUCAAAUGGAUCAUGACCUUUAAUAUUCAGACGAAAAAGUGCAACAAUCUGUUGAAAGCCCUGCCGGAACUCCGGGGAGCCAGUGAAAUGUGUCUCCGCCACAUGCACACUAUCAUGGUUUUUCUUCCUUUUUGCUUUUCUUGACGGCGAAGUCUCCACUUUUCCAGGUAGCCAAUAACUGCACCGACGCCUUCGACAUUGGAAUGAUGAAGAGCAGGAAUCUUGAUGUACUUUAUAUUUUUAAUCUUGGGUCCCAAAACUUGGGGACUCGUUCGAAAUACUUGAUCUCUUUAGAUUUUAUUUUCUUCUAGCUCUACAGAAAGGAGUUCAUUCUUCUUUCUUUAAAUUUUCUCCUUAACUGAAAUAAAUCGUUUAGGGCAAGGUGAUGGAAGUGGAGCAAUCAGAGGACAGCGAUGCUGAAAGCGAAAAUGACCCCGCACAGGUAUUUUUUCGGUUAUUUCAAGGAAACGCUUUUGAUCAACAAGUGAAUGACCAGUGCUUUGGAGAAACCUCUUUUUAAUGUUUCCAUUCCAGAACGAUGGGAACCAAGAUGAGGAAGGAAACGACGAUGAAAAUGAUGAUGGUGAGGACAGUGACAGCCGGGAAAGUGCCGUUUUCUAG